AUGGCGGCGGCGGCCUCAGCGCGCUGGCUGAGGGUCCGCUGCAGGCUUUCCCUGCCGCUGACGGGUCGGUGGACAGGUGCAUGUGAACCGGCCCCUAGAUGCAGAUUUUGCUCUGGAAGUGCAGCCCUCCCAAAGGUUGAAGGAACUGAUGUAACAGGGACUGAAGAAGUGGUCAUUCCAAAAAGGAAAACUUGGGAUAAAGUGGCCGUUCUGCAGGCUCUUGCAUCCACAGUAAACAGGGAUACCACGGCUGCCCCUUACGCAUUUCUAGAUGAUCCUUACCUCAUACCAACCUCCUCUGUGGAAUCACGUUCAUUUUUAUUGGCAAAGAAGUCUGGGGAGAAUGCAGCCAAGUUUAUUAUUAAUUCACAUCCCAAAUAUUUUCAGAAAGACAUAGCUGAACCUCACAUACCGUGUUUGAUGCCUGAGUGCUUUGAACCUCAACUUGAAGAUGUAAGUGAAGCUGCCCUAAAGGAGCGAAUCAAGCUAAAAAAAGUCAAAGCUUCAGUGGACAUGUUUGAUCAGCUCUUGCAAGCAGGAACUACUGUAUCUUUGGAAACAACUAAUAGUCUCUUGGAUUUACUAUGUUACUAUGGUGACCAAGAGCCCUCAGCUUACUAUAAUUUUCAACAAACGGAAAAAUCAGAAGAGUUGGAAGAGGCCACAGAGGAAAGUACUGUGAAAUCUAAGAAAAGGGCUGGCCAACAGUUUGGAGUUAUUUGGAGAGCAAAAAACAAUGCUGAGAGGAUCUUUGCCUUAAUGCCAGAGAAAAAUGCACAUUCCUACUGCACAAUGAUUCGAGGAAUGGUGAAGCACCGAGCUCCUGUGGAGGCACUAAACAUGUACGCUGAAUUACUGAACAACAGACUCCAUGCCGAUGUAUAUACCUUCAAUUCAUUGAUUGAAGCAACAGCAGUGAUGAAUGAGAAAUUUGAUGAAAAGUGGAAUAAUAUAUUGGAGCUGCUGAAACAAAUGGUUGCACAGAAGGUAACACCAAAUCUACAGACUUUUAAUACCAUUCUGAAAUGUCUUCGAAGAUUUUAUGCAUUUGGAAAAUCGCCAGCCUUGCAGACCUUACGUGAAAUGAAAGCCAUCGGAAUAGAACCCUCACUUGCAACAUAUCACUAUAUUAUUCAGCUGUUUUAUCAAAAUGAAAAUGCUUCAAAAGGCUCCUCCCUGGUGAUCUAUGACAUAAUGAACGAAAUCGUGGGAAAGAAGUUCUCGCCACAGGACCCAGAUGAUGAUAUGUUUUUUCAGUCAGCCAUGAAAGUUUGCUCCUCUCUCAGAGAUCUAGAACUUGCUUACCAAGUUCAUGGCCUUUUAAACACUGGAGACAACCGGAAAUUCAUUGGACCGGAUCAUCGGCGUAAUUUCUAUUAUUCCAAGUUCUUCAGUUUGCUUUGUCUCAUGGAACAAAUUGACAUCACCUUGCAAUGGUAUAAGGACCUGAUACCUUCGGUCUUCUUCCCCCAUUCCCAAACAUUGAUCGAUCUGCUCCAGGCACUGGAUGUGGCCAACAGGCUGGACAUGAUCCCUCAGAUUUGGAAAGAUAGUAAAGAAUGUGGUCACGCUUUCCGCAGCGAACUGAAAGAAGAGAUGCUGGUGCUGAUGGCCAGGGAUCGGCAGCCUGCAGAGCUUCAGGAGGCGUUCGCUGACUGUGCCGCGGACAUCAAAUCUACUUUCGAAAGUCAGGAUGCCAGGCAGACUGCUCCGCACUGGCCGGCCAGCGCUCUGAACUGCACCGCUGUCCUCUUCCUCCGGGCCGGGAGGACCCAGGACGCCUGGAAAAUGCUGGGGCUUUUCAGGAAGCAUAAGAAGAUCCCUCGGAGCGAGCUGCUGAAUGAGUUUAUGGACAGUGCGAAAGCAUCCAACAGCCCUGCCCAGGCCAUUGAGAUAGUGCAGCUGGCGAGUGCCUUCAGCUUACCUGUUUGUGAGAGCCUCACCAAGAGAGUGAUGGCUGACUUUGCACUCAGCCAGGAGCAAAAGGAAGCCCUGGGACAUCUGACUGCCUAUGACAGUGAUGGUGACAGCAGCAGUGACAGCGACAGUGACAUCAGUGGAGGCAAAUAA